AUGAGGAUACAGGGGGGUUCAAACUCCCUUCAGCCUCUGGACCCUGCGAACAGCGAUGCUAUCAGGGGCCAAGGGUUAUCUGUCGGAGACUCAGGCUCUAGUCCCGAGUUUAAGAAAGAGCCCUCAGUAAUCUCUGAUCUCGGGAAUCGCGAGUGGAGCAAAGUUGUUGAGACUUCCGAUGAGGAAACCGACGGUGACUUGCCAUUAGAAGCACCACUUCAGGACAAGCUUCUGGCAGACCACCAUAAGUUUCAUGAUGGGCGAAAAGGAUUCAUUCCUCGCGGCCACAUCAGGAAGGUGAUUAACGAGCAAUCUGUGAGGCAGCAUUUACACGAAUGCUUGUACCUUUCUUCCAAUGAGGAUCGCGACAGCACAGUCGAGCGAUACGUCCGCCAAAUAUUUGCCCACGACUCCGAGAACAAAUCCUACGUUAUAAUUUUCACGAUCUUGGUCCUCACGGAAAAGUCGGAAUGCAUCGUAAACUUCCUGGAAGAACGGAUCGAUGACAGUGCUCUUCCUUUUCGAAAGGAGAAUCAGAAUCCUCAAGGGAAACUUCCGGCCGUCGACCUCCGUCCAAGACGGGGUGGCAGACGGAUCAAGGCCUUUAAGAGAUGGUCAUUGGUCGCCAAGAUGAACUUUGAGGAGUGGCAGUGGGCUGUCAACGCGCCCUUCUUCAACCGUGGGCAAGACGGCGAAGUCAAGAUCUAUGAUUUGCAAGACGCAGCUGUUCUUCCCUUUGUCAUAAGGAACCCUCUCUCCGGAUACCAAGAGAUCGAAGAAUAUCACGGCGGGUUUGGGAAGGUCUCUAAGAGAUACAUACAUGCUGAUCAUCACAACCUCAAAAUCAAGAAGAGGAAGAAUACCGCUUUCGCCGUGAAAAAGCUAGACUCAAAGAACUACCAAGAGUUUAAAGCAGAGUUCGACAUGCUGGCUAAGCUAGGCAAGACAAAUCAUCGCCACCUUGUUUCCGUCCUGGGUGCAUAUUGCCAGUUGAACGAGAACUAUCUUAUCUUUGACUGGGCGGACUGUGAUCUCCUGAGAUACUGGAAGGACUGCCACAAUGAACCAGAGUUCAUCCUAAAGAAUGUGUUGUGGUUAGCUGAGCAGUGCGUCGGGCUUGCUAGUGGCCUGGAGCAAAUCCACCGCUACGGCAGCCUAGAGCAGGAGAAUUGCAGGGGAGAUCCCUCGUUUAAGAAACUCUAUGGUCGCCAUGGCGACAUUAAACCAGAAAAUAUCCUAUGGUACCGCGACUCACAUCAAGGCCUCGGCACGCUGCGUAUCUGCGACUUUGGCGUCUCAGAGUUUCAUUCCACACAGAGCCGAUCAGGCAUCCGCAACAGCCAUGUCGCUUCGUCGCCCUACUACCGCCCUCCUGAAUGGGAACUUCAAGAUGGGACUAUCAGUCGCUCGUACGAUAUCUGGACCAUAGGAUGCUUGUAUCUGGAGUUUCUUGGUUGGCUUCUAGGUGGAUGGAAGCUGGUGCGAAAUAUGAGCAUUGCCAGAAAGCCUCCUUCAUGUGGCCCAGGGCUAAAUCUUUGUCAUGAUAACCCCUACUAUGAUCUUGACAGUCGCAGAAGAUGUGCUACUAUAAAGCCAGCGGUAACAAAGGUAUGUUUGACAUGGAACAACUGA